AUGAAGUCCAUUCUGUUCGUCGCUGUGCUGGUUCUGUAUUCCCUGAAUGCGUGUGCCUGCCAGGCACAGACGUCAAAGUGUCAACAAUUGAAAGAGAGAUGUGUGGCUGCAGGAAAUGGAUGCGAAAGUGUCUGGAAUUUACUUGAAGAAGUUUGUUACAUUUCAGGCAACAGCUGUGCAAUAAAAGAUUCAACCAACUGUAAUAAAAUAAUUCAGUUUUUAGUUGACCAGUUCCCAGAAUUUAAAGACUGCAUCUGCAUAAAAGAUAACUGCAGCAUCAGAAUGUGGCUGGGGAAAAAAUGUUCCAAUGACAAAGGGAACUUAGAAUCUUCCUCCAGCACAGAUAUUCAAUUCAGACCUCCGGAUCAGAUAAAACCCCCAGGGAUGGUCCGCUCAAACCAACUUGGAAAUGACUGCUCGGUUGCCAAGGAUCUCUGUCGAAAAGACCACACCUGUUUUACACAAUACAAGACAUUCCAGAGAAUGUGCAGAGCAGAGGUAGCAAAAUGCAGCCUAGAAAUGGUGUUAGAGCAAUGCUUUGCCGCAUGGAAGCUGCUCAAAAAAACAGUGAUGGGCAGUUGCACGUGUCCAGAGCCUGUGCAUAAAAAAUGCAUUAAAAUAUGGAAAAAUAUCUUUAACAACACAUGCUUGCAGUACACCCAGGAAUAUCAAGACUCUGCCACUGUGAAAGAAACAUAUGCAGUUCAGGAAACUCAAAGCCACAAUCCAGAUCACAUGAAUGCAAAAUCACACUGGAUGUUAUCAGCACUUUCAAACUAUGAGUACAAGCAGCCGCCAUCCUGCUUCCAAGCAAACAUGGAAUGUGUGAAUGAUGAAGUCUGCAACAAGCAGUUGUCUUUAUAUCUCCAAGUGUGCCAAAUAAACGGAAGCUCCUGUGAUAUAAACCGAUGCCGGGCAGCCUUACAUGCUUUCUAUACCAAUAUGCCUUUUCAAGUGGCUCAGAUGCUGACCUUUUGCGACUGUAUGCAGUCAGAUGACAACUGCCAUCAAUCCAGACAAUUCCUCCAUGGCCAUCCAUGUGCCAUCCAAAUGGUCCCAACACCUAGCUGUGUUCAUGUGAUGCAAUUGUGUCGGGAAAACAAGCUUUGCUGGAGCAAAUAUGAGGCGUUUACAUCAAAGUGUUUAAAACAUGUCAGCCAAGACUGCCUUGAAGAAAACUCCUGCCUCAAGACUUGGAACGCCAUUGACCCAAUUUGUUCAGAGAGCGUCGACUGCAGAGCUGCUUAUGUGGACCUGUGGGGAUCCGUCCUUCGAGUCAAGUGUACCUGUGAGGCCGCAUCACAAGCUGAGAAGUCUGUGUGCCAGUGGUUCCAUCGUAUACUCCAUGGCAAGGUUUGCUUACGCCAAAUAUCAGGUGGAGGCGCUGACCUUUACACAUCACAGAUAGAACUCCCUGGAAAAAUACUUCCUGUAACUGGCGAACAGUCUUUGUUUUACGAUGACACAAUCAUUACUAUUCUAUUCGUCUCCUGCAUCAUUCUUAUCCUGGGAAUAAUCCUUCUGGCUUUGUUAAAGACCAGAGCUUGCACAGCCGUUUAUCUGCCAAAGAAAAUUUCCUCCCAGGUGCAUUUAUCGGAGACGCUCCCAAGCCCUUUUAUCAGAAACAAUUCAACAACUCUGGAUUAUCCUCUGGGCCAAAAAUGCUCAUUCUGA